UUUUUAGUUAAGGGUCUCCUCAUUUUUGAACAGCACACGCAAUGCCUAGUUCGCGAUCUUUCACAUCGCACGCAGCAUCCCCCACGCAGCAACAAUCAACCCAUUGCAACAAAACGCAAGCAUGGCAGAGGAUACUGGAAACUGGUGUCUCAUUGAGAGUGACCCUGGCGUUUUUACUGGGCUGAUCAAAGGAAUUGGCGUCAAUGGAGUGCAAGUGGAGGAGAUUUAUUCUAUCGACCGCGAUACCCUGGAGGAUUUGAAGCCUGUCCAUGGACUUAUUUUCUUGUUCAAAUGGGAGAGUCGUAAUCCUGCUGCAGCACCUGAAUCACAGGCACCGAUUGAGUACGACAAUCAGGAUGUGUUCUUUGCACAGCAGGUGAUCACGAAUGCGUGCGCAACACAGGCGAUUCUGUCGGUCCUGCUGAAUUCACCCAAUAUCGACCUUGGAGAGGAGCUGACUAAUUUCAAAUCCUUCGUCGCUGACUUUCCAGCCGAGUUAAAGGGACACGCGAUCUCCAACUCUGACCUCGUCCGCUCCGUCCACAACUCCUUUUCCCGAUCGGACCCCUUCAUCAACGAGAUGCACGACCCAACCUCGAAAGAAAAAGAAGAUCUCUUCCACUUUAUUGCCUACACGCCCAUUAACGGCAACCUCUACGAACUCGAUGGUCUCCAAGAGGGUCCCCGAAACCAUGGUCCCUGUCCUGGAGACUCCUGGCUCGACAAGGUGGGCCCGAUCAUCCAGGCCCGCAUGGCACAAUAUGCCGGAGGGGAGAUCCGCUUUAACCUCAUGGCCGUAGUCGAUGAUCGGAUUAAGGUCUAUCAGGAAAAACAAAAGGCGUAUGAGGCACAGCUGGAAGCAUUGCAGCAGAAGGAAGGGCCCGAAGCGGGCGCGUGGUUGAAGAGCGAGAUCGAAAACUUAAAGCAGGAUGUCAUAAAGGAAGAGGAGAAGAGAAGGAAGCAGCAGAGGGAGAAUAAGUUGAGGAGACACAAUUUUGUCCCGCUGAUUUAUGAGCUUUUGAAGGGGCUUGCGCAGGAGGGGAAAUUGGAGGCCUUAGUUGAGGAGGGUAAGACGAGAGCAAAAACAGAGCUGGAGAGCGUGAGGCAGCGGAAAGCGGCAGCCGCAGCCGCAGCCGCUGGUGGAGGGGAUCUGGAGAUGUACGAUGAUUGAGAACAAAAUUUUGUCCUAUAAACCAUCCUUGUAAAUAUA